AUGUCCAAGAUAAAUGCAGCAGUAAAGAACCCAGUACCAAAACAGAAAGAAGAUGCAAUAACACAGAUCCCAGAUCAUUUACAAGAAGUAUUUAAAGCUUCUAAAGAACAAUUAGAUGAAGGGCAAUGUGAGAAAUUAGCAAAACUUCUAUGUGAUUACGCAGAUGUAUUUGCAAAAGAAGAUUUUGAUUUAAGGAACUUCACCGCAAUUGAACAUAAGAUUGACACUGGAGAUGUCCUCCCAAUAAAGCAUCGUAUGAGACGAAUACCCGCUUGUUUUGUUGGAGAGGAGGAAGCACAUUUGAAGAAGAUGUUAGAUGCCGGUGUCAUUCAAGAAUCAAUUUCAGAAUGGGCAUCCUCACCUGUUCUGAUCCGGAAACGUGACAGAUCCGUUAGAUGGUGUAAUGAUUAUAGAUCCCUUAAUGACGUCACGAUAAAGAUUAAAGAUACAUUCCCCUUACCAUAG